GAACACCUGUAGGACUCCAGUUACAGAGGAACAAGGAAAUGGAAUAUGAGCAAAUGCUUAACACUAGGCAAACUGUUCGCUGACUACGAUCUCUGCCAUGGGGAGUACUAUAACCAAAACAGUGGAGAGAUGGGGAAUAAAUCCAAGAAAACUUUCACAAAAACGGGCAAAAGGAAAAGGUCCACCUGUAGUUCCUCCCAAUCAGCAGGCCCGUGUUGAUGUUCAUGUGCAUGACUGUGUGACAGCUGAACCACAGUAUGCCCAGGUGAAUAAAAAACGAAAGCAGAAUGAGGAUGGUUUACACUACGCAGACAUUCAAGUCCUACAGUCUGAAAAUGCGACCAGCAGGGGAAUACUGAGUCAGACUCCAAACCACCACAACACAGAGUAUGCAACUUUAGACUUUACAACUACUGCAAAUACACAGACCUCAGCUGAACCUGCAGAUAUAUUCAUCCCACCUGGAGAACUACAGAGACCCAAUAUGAGGUUUUCCCAUAAGAAAAAUGUCCACUCAAAGCGAGCAUUUAAGGCGUGAAAAACAAAAACAAAACAAAAAAACAGAACAAACAUUUCCUCUUCUUUUUUUUGUACAUUUUAUCCUGUUGUUUUACUAUUGUGCCACUGAGCAAGGCAUUUAAUUGUGCAAUUCAUAUUCUAUACGUCAUGAUGUAUAAAAAGCUGUAAUUUCAAAAGCAAGUGGUUAUUUGUUUAAAAUGUGUAGCCUAUAUUAUCAUUUCUACAAAUCAAAAUGUAUUUCUAACAUUUGUUAUACAUUUACUGCAAACUGGUUUAUUAAUAGACAGUUUUAUUUCAUUAUUAAUAGUGUCUGACUGGUUUACCAUAGUUUUUUGGCUAAAGUCUCCUCCAUACAGUUUAUUCUGACUGACCUGUCUGGAAGGGGUUGUAUGAUGUAAUUGUUUUGUUCCAGAUAAAGUUCGAUUAAUUUCAUACUUCUGACCUCAAAGCAUUGUAAUCAAUCAUACGUCAUGGUCAAAUGAAAACAAAAUAAGACAGUUUCAGUCAUAGAUAGCCUAGAUGCCUCAUUAUUGGCUGUUUCUAUGGGCCGCUAUAUGUAAGCCGUCCGCCAUAUUGGAACAGUCAAAGCCGGUCCGUGAACACUCGAGAGCAAGUUAACAAUGCAUCUGCAAUCUGCAAUAUCUAUAUCUGCUAAAGACUUAAGCAAACUAACACAAACACAUCAGCUAACAUGACACUAAAAAGUUACCAUAGUUUAAAACCCUGUAAUAUUUAGUUAAUACAUAUAAAAACACAAACCAACACGUUCUCACCUGUGAAAGGUUAUCCCAUUUCUUUGGGAAUUUAAAUCUCAGUAGUUUUUACAUCCAGAAGCUGCUCAAUAUUGUAGCAUCAUUGAUUCUUACUGUGAGUGACAACAUGUUGACCGUUCCAAGAUGGCGGGUGCGCUGCCAUGUCGUGGUCGAAUGUGGCAUCUACGAAUACAUAUCUAUGGUUUCAGUAAGAUGUUGCCAUGUUUAUCAGUCUAUUCCAACUUUGAAGUUUAAAAGUACAACCUUCAGUGCAGUUCCAGUGGUUAUUUUCAAGUAGGGGGUGGAAAUUUUGAUUUCUAAGUCAUCUAAAACACAGCAUAACAGUGUCUACCAGCAGGGACUAUAAUUGGAUCAUGCUUAUGAAUGACAUUCCAAGUUCUUUGUACACAUUACAUCUCAGCAAGAGAUAUAUUCCCCAUGGAAUAUGAACAUUCCAGGCCUUCAAUAAGGCUAUAACGUAUUAUAUAGCAUUUAACUCACUCGAAUGGCAUGAGCUGCUCAGACUGUACUUCCAAAACCUUGAAGAAAAUCAAAACCAUGGGUAGCCACUGUUAUAUGGUUGUUUUAUGGUGUGACCAGAGCCGUUAAAUAUGAGAGUUGCGACACUCUUUGAUCUCGCCGCCACGCUGUCACGUGGUUCAUGUAGCUCUCAAUAGUUCCAAACAAAUCCGCGCUGUCAACCAGUUUGAAUGGUUUUAAGCGGGACAGACAGCAGCAACUAUAUUUGCAGCAAUUAUCGGAAUUGGCCAGCCACUUCUGACCAGACUUCUCCAGACGGUAGAUGGAUGUACCAGGGUCCCCCAGUUUUCAAGGUUUGCAAGGCAAGUAAGCAUGUUGUGUCUUUCAUCUGCUGCAGUAAGUUUCUUUGGCUGACACUGCUGACCAGUCCUCAAUUUCUUUGUGCUUCUUCAACAGAGCUUUGGCAGCACAUCUGAAGCAGCACAUCUGCCUUGUGUCUUAUUGCUGCGUCUUGCUGUGGUAUAUGUUUUUUCACAGUAAACUGUCUUCAGCAACCUUGUUAGCUGAGUUUGGCUGUUUCUCACCCAGUUGUGUUAACAUUACUGCAUAUAUUGUUUGUAUUGAAAAUUGUAUUUUGAUGCUUUGGAAACAUUGUUCUUAUAACUUUCAUGCCAAUAAAGCCCCUUGAAUUGAA